AGAUGUUCUGGACCCUAUUUAGUUCGUUCCGGCAUACUAAGCUGCAGGGCCGUGCGCGAGAUAAGGAGCUCAUACCAUUUCCAACGGUGGCGUUAGAUGAUAACGGCUGCCAAUUCUACAGCACGUGAAAAAACUUAGUCACCAGGAUUAAUUUACGGUCGCAGCAGAUCCAUGUGAUGUUCGUCAAGCAUUAUAGUGUUCGGAGAUCGCCUAUAGCAUGUAUCGCCGAGCCAAUUGCAUCACGAAUGCCAGGCUCUACGAGAAGGUAGUCGGUUUGCAGGGUAUUAUGCUGUGCAUGGUAUUGACGGCAGAUAUGAGCUACUGCUGUGUUGAUACUGAAGAUCUUGUUACAACUAGAAUACGGUGUCUGCUUCGAAAUAGGAGCAAUCAACCUAAUCCAUCAAGGCACCCGAAUGAUAUGUUUACUCCAGAGCGGUAAACAUCAUACCGCUAAGCAUGCAAGUUUCGGUUCAGACAAUAUCAGAUUGUUGGUGGCAAACUCCUAAGCACCUCAUAUACAGAGGAUAGGAUGCACAGCAUAAAUACAACCCAGCUCAGCUGGUAUGAAAACAAAUCACAAUACACCGAAAGAUGGCAGACAACAGUAUCAGUUACACCGUUGAACCCAACGAUCCAGGAUGAUGUUCUUCAGAACCGUUGAAAACAG